AGACCUUUUAGUUCAAUAAUUCUUUUUCAAACAUUGAAUCACGUGCAAACAUGUCUCGACUAGAUGUCACAGAAUCUUUUCAGGGCAUCAAGUUUCCUGGGCACAUGCAUACUGAAGAAUCCCUGAAUUUUGCAACUGACUUCAAGUUUGAAGAGACAGAUACUCUGAUAGUCACCUACCCCAAAUCAGGAACCACAUGGAUGCAGGAAAUCCUCACUCUGGUUUUGAGUAAAGGGGACCCGACUAUUGCCCAAAGUCAACCUAACUGGGCUCGUGCUCCAUGGCUUGAGCAGUACUACUGCCCUGAAGUUCUGAAAGCAUCUUCUGGACCUCGCAUUAUUACUACACAUCUGCCUUACCAUCUGCUGGCACCAGCCCUGCAACACUGCAAAGCAAAGGUGAUAUAUGUGGCAAGAAAUGUCAAAGAUGUGUGUGUUUCAUAUUACCACUUCCACAAGAUGGCAAAUUUUCUCCCUGACCCAGGAACGUUCCCUGAGUUUCUGAAGAAUUUCCUAAAGGGUGACGUGCAUUAUGGAUCUUGGUUCGAUCAUGUCAACGGCUGGACCGGUCAUGCUAAAAACUUUCAAAACUUUUUUUACAUCACUUACGAGGAAAUGUUUCAGGAUCUUCGUGGGUCUCUUCAGAAAGUGAGUCAUUUCCUGCAGUGCACAUUAUGCAAAGAAGAGCUGAAUCUUGCUGAGAAGCACUGUAGCUUCAAUAGCAUGAAGGAAAAUGCCAUGGUCAACUAUACCCUCAUCCCCAAGGAGAUCAUCGACCACAGCAAGGGAAAGUUCAUGAGAAAAGGUAAAGUGGGAGACUGGAAGAACAUGUUUACAGAGGAGCAGAGUGGUCUCGUCGAUGAGGUUUACUUUUCACAGAUGGCAGAUUCCUCACUGCUGUUUCAAUGGGAUCAGCCCGGGGAGACUCUAGUGCCCCUGAUAAACAUUAAUAAUUCUGCAUCCAGAGAGAUCCUUCUCCUCACAUAAGCACUUGCCACUGUUAUAUAGUAUAACAUAAUUGUAUGUGUAAUAAUGUUUCUAAUUACCUCCAUAAUGUAAAUAAGCUAAGCAAAAUAAGCUGAUCUAUUUUUGUUUAUCUACUUGGUGCUUUUAACUUAAUAAUAUAUAUAUAUAUAUAUAAAGAUUUCAUCUCUUUAAGAAAAUUUUAAAAAUGUAGCAGAUGUUUAGUAAAAGUUACAAAUGUAUAGCCCCUUAAAGAGACUAUAAGAGAAAUGUAGCAGCAUUUACAACCUAAAUAGCUUAAGAGUUGCAAAUUUAGUUUAAUGCAAUAUUACUUAGAUUAUAAGUAAAGUGGUAUAGUCAUUUUUGAAGAUUAACAAACAUUUAUUAAGAAUUUAUAAGAAUUAUUAUUAAAAUGUUUGAUAUUGACAUAUGACCUCAUAUGUCGUAUGUAUGUGUUUUUGUUUUAUCAAAGAGAAAUAUAUUUAUCAUCUGAAUAAAUAAAGUUUUUCAUUGAUGUAUACAUUUAAUUAGAAAUGACAAUAAUUGGCUAAAAUACAGCCAUUUAAAAAUCUAGAAUUUGAAGGGUUCAAGAAAACAAUGAUGAGAAAUUGGGUUUUAGUUGUACAAAUUAAGUCUACAGCAACAAAUAGUUUUAUAUAUUUACAGUAAAAUAUCAUCAAGAAACCUGAUCUUUACUUAAUAUACUGAUUUAAUUUUUGACAUUAAAGAACCCAUACCAAGACCCAUACAUUGUAUUUUUGGCUAUUUUCAAAUAUAUACCCAUUUGACUUAAAUGUUGUGUGCGGGUGCUCCAGGAUCUCAUAUCAUGUAAUUUACAAUGAAAUGUAAACAAUUGAAAUGUAAUUGACUCAUUUGUUAUACUAUAGCUAUGCAGAGCCUUGAAGCAUAAGGGUCUAUUUACCUUGCUCUUUGCUGUUCAUUAUGGCUUGGAAAAUAAUGUUAAAUAAACUAAAUUGACAAUG